AGCCAGGUCGCGCGCACACACAAUUGCCAACAUAUUCCGUGGGAGGGGCGCGGGCGGAAAUCCAGAUCCCGAAGCCAGGAAAUUCCACGCCCCCCGAAAGCCCAUAAAACCCACGCUCUCCCUCUCCACCUCGCCCUCGCCUCUGCCUGCCUGCCUUGCUGCGCCGGGCUCCCUCACAGUCAAGUCACGGAGGCGAAGCCGACGUUUUUCCCUUUUUACCAUGGAGGCAACCACCCAGGAGCAGCGACCCGCGCCGCCGCCGCCGUCGCCGUCGUCGGUGCAGAUGCAGCUGCCGCAUGCGGCCGCCGACCCGUCCAACCCUUUCCCGACCACCUUCGUGCAGGCCGACACCACCUCCUUCAAGCAGGUCGUGCAGAUCCUCACCGGCACCCCGGAGACCGCGGCGGCCGCGGCGGCGGGGGGCUCUGCGGGCGCGCCGGCCGCGGCUAAGCCCGCGCCCACGCCGACCGGGCCCAAGAAGCCGGCCUUCAAGCUCUACGAGCGGCGGGGCAGCAUGAAGAGCCUCAAGAUGCUCUGCCCGCUCCUCCCCGCCGCCUUCGCUGCCGGCGGCUCCGGCGGCUGCAGCGGGUUCUCCCCGCGCGGGUUCUCGCCGCGCGGGCUGGAGGUGCUGUCGCCCAGCAUGCUGGACUUCCCGUCGCUGGCGCUGGGGAGCCCCGUGACGCCGCUCCCGCCGCUGCCGGGGUCGCGGGAGGCCUCCGCGGCCGAGGACCGCGCCAUCGCCGAGAAGGGCUUCUACCUCCACCCGUCCCCGCGCGGCAAUGCCAGCGGCCGCGGCGACCUCACGCCGCCGCCCAGGCUGCUCCCGCUCUUCCCCUUGCAGUCGCCCACCCGGCAGUGAGCCCCGCUCGCUCCUCCUUGCUCUGCUCUGCUCACCCGCUCGCUGCUAAAAUGCUAGGCUCCUGGAGUGCGAGGUCGAUUCGAUCUGUGGAUUAUUUGCUCCUCUUCUCUCCCCGGGAGGAUCCGUGUAUGUCCCUGUGUUGUAAUCUUAGUGUCUGUCUGUAACAGCGAUUUGGCUCAUAAGAGGGGUUAAUUGAUCACUCCACCACUUCGAGAGUGUUCUUGUCUCUUUACCAUUGCCUACUAGUUUUAGUAGAUUUAGCUUGGCAUUUUCCUCUUCUUGCUUCGUGAACUUGUCUUGUCAUAUUACUAGUUUGGUGUUGCAAAUCUUGUA